ACGAGAGCCCUCAACACGGAAGCGAAUGUGCGACAGGGCACAUGGAGCCUGGCAAGGGUGAGGACAGCUUCCCAAGUGGACUCCGGGCACGAGUCUCCAUCCACCGCCCGGCUGGAAGGACAAGACGAGACGAGGAGCACGACGCGGAGAAGGACGAUCAGCUCUCGCCCACUGGCAUCUGGGGCUCGUGCUGGAGGCUGUAUGCGGCGCUGUCCACAUUCCGGGUGCUGAACUGCCUGCUCGUGCAGUCCAGCUUUGUGCCAGACGAGUAUUGGCAGUCGUUGGAGGUGGCACACGCGCUGACAUUCGGGUAUGGACACUUGACUUGGGAAUGGCGGGAGGGCAUCCGUGGCUACGCAUAUCCAUUUGCCAUUGCACUCCAAUACAAGCUGCUGACAGCCUUGGGUCUCGAGUCGACCACACUACUGAUAUGGCUGCCCAGGCUGUCCCAUGCUCUGUUGGCAGCGUUUGCCGACUUGAAGCUCUACCAUACGGCAAGCGACCUGUCAGGAGCACGGGUGGCACGUUGGGUGUUGCUGUGCCAGCUGUGCUCCUGGUUCACGUGGUACUCGUGCACGCGCACGCUCACCAACAGCGUGGAGGCAUCACUCACGUGCAUCGCCAUGGCUCACCUGCCCUGGGCAUCACGCAGUCCUCGCAGCAGCAUGGUGAGGUCCGUGUGCGUGCUUGUGCUGGCCGUGCUCGUCAGGCCAACGGCGGCCGUGCCGUGGUUGCUGCCCGUGGCGGUUGCACUCUGGCGCCAGAGACCCCCGCCAUGGGCCCCACUUGGACACUUACUUGCAAUCGGCCUUGCAGGCCUCACUGCAUCACUGCUCAUUGACCGGAUGUGCUACGGGGAGUGGGUGUGCGUGCAGCUGCGCUUUUUCUUGGCGAAUGCGGCCCGGGACAUCGGCUCAUUCUACGGGAGCCACCCGUGGCACUGGUACCUGAGCCAGGGCCUCCCGGCUGUGCUGGGGCCGCUGCUGCCGCUGGCGAUUGCCGGGUGGCGACACGCGCCGCUCGCCAUGCGUGGAGCUGUGCUGGUCACCCUGCUGACGUACAGCCUCCUGAGUCACAAGGAGUUUCGCUUCAUCUACCCCGUGCUACCUUUCUGCCUCAUCAUGUGUGGCCACAGUCUGCGACGCCUGUGGUGUCCGGGAGCCGCGUGGGGGCUGCUCCUCGCUGCCCGACGUGGCCUGGCGCUGGUGUUGCUGCUGUCGAGCCUGAUGGGCGGCCUCUACCUGGGCCUGGUGCACCAGCGUGGCACACUUGACGUGAUGGGUGACGUGCGAGCCCUGUGUGGGCCUUCUGAGGCUCAGCGCUCUGUGUGGUUCCUCACGCCGUGCCACAGCACGCCGCUGUACAGCCACGUGCACUGCCGGUUGGACCUGCGCAUCCUGGAGUGUCCGCCAGACCUUGACGGGAACCCUGACUACCGGGAAGAGGUGGAGGAGUUUUAUCGUGAGCCUGUCCAGUGGCUGCGAGCUGAGUUCUCUGUGAGAGGUGAACCUUCCCACGUGGUGCUGUUCAACGUCCUCGAGCCUGUUGUGGAAAAGUUCUUGGCCGAGCGAGGUUUCGUCAGAACAGCCUCUCACUUCCAUACACACUUCCCUGAAGGGCGGCUCGGCAGCCACAUCGGCUUGUUCGAGCGACAAAAUGUGAGCCAGAUUGCCGGCUGACUUCUUGCCAAGCUCGUUCACGCCCAAUGCUCUUGAUGACAGGCCAGAGGUCGCAACCGGAUACCCGUACCCUACUCGAUACCCGGCUACCCGUACCCGGCUGGGUACGGGUACGGGUAGCCGUUUGCGACCCUGGUGCGGCCGGGUACGGGUACGGGUAGUCCGUGAGUCACUGGUGAGUAACCGUUUGUCACUCAUUUCGGGUAGGGUACGGGUACGGGUAGGGAACGGGUACCCGUACCCGGCCGGGUACAGGUACGGGUACCCAUUUGCGACCCUGGUGCGGCCGGGUACGGGUACGGGUAAGGAAUCAAAACCCGUGUGCGACCUCUGUGACAGGCAUGGGGGAGGAGAGGCUGAGAUGAAAUGAGAGACGAGGCAAAAGUUGAUGAGAUGAGAAGACAUUGGAUGGAAGAUGAAUGGAGAGAUGAGAGAACAUACUCGAUAGGGAUAAGGUUUUAAACAAUCAACGUGGUUGAUUGCUUCUGAACGUUUUAAAUCAUUGCCUUAUACUUCUCAUGCAGGCAACACUUGUUUAUCCAGAGUAUUGGGAGGAGGGGUGGCUUGGAUAAAACAAAAACUCGGAUAAAUGACGUUUAUGAUUUACCUAUGGUGAUGAAAAUGAAGGUGAUGUCUGUUUUAAGUGAGUUUUUAAAGCUAUUGCUUUACUUUACAACAUGUCUGUGGUCACAUCGACACUAGGGCACUUACCCCCGGUAAGUGAGGAGCAGCUAAUAAAUAAACCAGCAUGUGUGUAGAAACAUUUAAAUGUAUUGUCUCAAACACGGUUCAUUCGCGAGAUGGAUGUGCCCGCAAAUAAUUGAGAGUUCACUAUAGCUUGCACCUCGGUUAUGUUAUAGAUUUGUGUUUAAAAAACAAUCCAUUGAAAAGUGUUAACUCGUAUGCUUAAUUUUUUGUCUUUCUCUUGUGGAAAUUAUUGUUUAUAAAAACUUGAGAGGAAAUCAAAUGAAACGUGACAUUCCAAGAUACACCAUGUCAUCUACCUUGAGUACAGUUAUUUGCUAUUCGUGUUGAGGAAAGCGUCACUGAGUCUUCGUAUGCUCCGGCAAGUUGUUUUUCAUGUCGGAACAGUCUAGAACAGGGGUCGGGAACCUUUUUGACUGGGAGAGCCAUGAAAGCCAAAUAUUUCUAAAUAUCUUUCAUUGAGAGCCAUAUAGUAUUUUUAACGUAUAAUUAAUUAAAUAUGUCUUACUUUUAAUGCGACUUCUGGUCACGGGACCCGUGACCCGUGAAAUUUAUCUUCAAAACUAAUUUCUAUUUACUUUAAAAUGACACAGUAUUAUUAAGCAAUAUCGCAAGUAUUUUAAAAUCAGUUCCAAACUGUUUUUUUUUUAUUUUAUUUUAAUUUUUUUCAACUCAAAAUUGUCUGGGAGCCAUAUGCCGUCACCGGAAGAGCCAUAUAUGGCUCGCGAACCAUAUAUGGCUCGCGAGCCAUAGGUUCCCGACCGCUGGUCUAGAAGGUUUUUUGGACUUUGAAUUUCCACUAUUGGUACUUUUAUGUUUUUCCCUCCCACCAAUUAUUUACAUUGUACUGUUAACAUCAUGUCCUGAGAUGGACAAGCCUUUCAGGAAUUUCACAGAGAAGUGCAUCAUUCAUCAGAGAAAAGCUAUGGAAGCAAUUUUCUUCCCCAGGAUUUCUCCUGGCCUUUGUCACCUUUCACACAUCACGGUGCCACGCGCUGCCUCGUUUCAUUCUGCUUUCACUCCCCGUACUCUGUACUUCCCAAAACGAGGGAGAACACUUUUACUGAGGCAACAACAGAAUUUGGGGCGAAUAUGAAAUUGUUUUGCAACAAAUUAAGUGAGUCCACAGUGUCAGCACUGCCAGUGGCCCUGUAUUCCGAUCACGUGGAUAUUCCAGCUCGAGGCCUACAGCCGACUUAAGCGUAUAAUGAGUCAACCCUCAGUGAUUCAAUGAAUUGUCACACAAUUGUAUUUAUUGAUUUUUAUUACAGUUGUAGCUGUAGUAUUAGCAUACAAUUUUCAUAAAUCGAUAAUUACAUGCACUCUUUAAUACAUGUACUGUAAGUGUAGAAAUACAUUUAAACCGUUUAAUCAACGCAUCAUUGCGUGCCUUUUUGGCUCCGUGACAUAAAGCAGUCUUGCGACAAUUUUCUGAGGAUUCCGAACAAAGAUGAAACUGUACAUCACAGCUGUGAGCUGCAACCACAUCUCCUGUGAUCGUCGUUAUGUUUCCGCCUGGACAAUGUUGAGAUAUGCUUGCCGACACUAUGUGUGGUUGGCCUUGCAAUCACAAAAUAACUUUUGCAUUCUGUGCCUUUUGGCUUGUGUGUGGUAUACAUGAUAACAUCAUGUCCAAUGCAAUAAUAAUACAGUACUUGAUAAUUGUUUUUUUACCCUUCUAUCUGGCAACAAACUGACACCUUUUUACAAGGAGUCGUGUUUGCAUAGACCACAAUACCUGCCUUCAUAAUGCAAACAAAAAAACACAACUCUGGUCAUGUGCACUGUCCUUGAAGUUGAUUGGUCCACACACGAGACAGCUUUCCUUAGAGCCUAGUCUCACAUGGGUUGGACCAGAUGCCCCCGAUAAAGGACAGUGCACAUGAUCAGAGUUGUGUUUUUUUUGCAUUAUGACUGCAGGUAUUGUGGUCUAUGCAAACAUGACUCCUUGUAAAAAGGUGUCAUUUGUUGCCAGAUAGAAGGGUAAAAAAACAAUUAUAUUUUUACUGGCAAAUGAGGUUCCAAUGGCGUAAAUACAGUACUUGUUUAAUGAAGUGUAUAAUUACAAGCCUCCUCGCGCACGCGGUACGAUUCGAUGAUAUCACAAUUUGUUGGUUCGCGAUUGAAAUCAACAAUAAGUUAUUGUCAUAUUUCAGUCUCGUUUAUAUAGCUUCUUGAGUAUUUUUGUGCGACUUUGUUUGCUCUGUGAUCCUAAAUGCAACAUGUGAUUUGCACAAUGCAUACGUUGUAAAUGAUCGAUUCUCACAACUCAUUGCUUAAUAUCACGAGUUUUGAUCAUUUUAUUUUAUUGAUACAUCAUUACACGCAUAUUAUGAAAUGUUGACGAUGAUACAACUCUUAAUUGCUUAUACCAUUCCCAAAUGUAUUCCCAAGAAGAACGCUGGAAAAAAAAAGUGCAUUCUACAAAAACAUAAAUGUUGACGUAUUGGCGGUACACCGGUGCAGCGUAACACACCGGUCCUCAUGAAAGUCUAAAAAUCUAAAUUUUAAUCACCAACUUUGUUUAUUAUUCUUUAAUCGACAUAUGUUUGACGCGAUUCGAAGGUUUAUUAAGUCUACUCAGUCUACUGAGACUUGAUUUGGGCCUAUUGAAUCAGGGAACCGUCUGACCAAGUUUUGGGCACGGGUCAAAUCUGCCGUUUGGAACACAGUGGCAAUCGUCAUCAGGUAGGGGGGUCCCUGGCAACAGACUGAAGCUUCAUGUUCAGCUCCUCAAAAGAUUCGUCUUCUGAUUGCUUCGACAUCGCGAGAACUGAUUUUGACGCACCCCGCAAGAUUUUCUGACCAGGGUUGCGAAUCGCAGAAAUCUAAUAAUUGUUGCUGCAAAAAAUUUGCUUUUCUUUAUACUGCGCACCGGUGUACCGCCAAUACGUUCAUUUACACUUCAUAGGAUACGCACGCAGUACUAAAGUGCUGCGUGAUAGAUCGUAGCAUAAUAAGCCUCGGCGGGCUGCAAAGUCAGCGAGUCUUACCAGGGG